ACGCGAGAAACGGCAGCAGAUCAUGGGAUGUGACUAGGCAACAUCCCGCUUUAUUUGAGGCCGGUCGUCCGCUCUGCACUCACGGGGUGCAGUACUUUAAACUCACCGUUCCCAUUAUUUGAAUCAAGUGAUCACUGCCCUCCUGUCAUCCCAGAAUAACGUUGGAAGCUUUAACAUUUGUAUUAAUUAUUCUUCGAGUUUCUAUCCCACUCUACCGGUUCGACUCUGACUUCAAGCUGAGGCUCAAUAACUGGAUUUUAUCGGUGGAACAAAAGGCGACUGCUGCUGCCUGGAUAUUAAAUUUUACUCUUGGAUUAUUGUCUCAGCAUCAUGAGCACGAGUGUAGUACCCUAUCAGCAAAGCUCAUGCAGCAGUGAACGAAGCUCCGGACCAAUCCACUGCUUUCGCUGCCGGGAGGUGUGCAAAGGAGAGGUGGUACGAGUGCAGCAUGUGCACUUCCACAUCAAAUGCUUCACCUGCCAAGUGUGUGGCUGUGAUUUGGCACAUUCCGGAUUCUUCCAGAAGAGUGGUGAGUACAUCUGCACAGCAGACUACCAGCGCCUGUACGGAACAAAGUGUGACAGCUGUGAGGACUUUAUCUCAGGGGAGGUGGUCUCUGCUCUGGGCCGCACAUAUCAUCCACAGUGUUUCGUUUGCAGCGUGUGCAGGAAACCUUUUCCAAUUGGGGACAGAGUGACGUUCAGUGGUAAAGAAUGUGUCUGUCAGCACUGUUCCCUCAAACUGGUUAAUUCCAAUGAGCCAAUCAAAAUCCAUGGGCCAAGCCAGUGUGCAGGUUGUAAGGAGGAGAUCAAACAGGGUCAAUCUCUGCUGGCGUUAGAGAAACAGUGGCACGUGAGCUGCUUCAGGUGUCAGACCUGCGGCCUGGUCCUGACGGCCGAGUACAUCAGCAAAGACGGCGUUCCUUACUGUGAGUCAGACUACCAUGCCCAGUUUGGGAUAAAGUGUGAAACAUGCGACAGAUACAUCAGUGGACGUGUGCUGGAGGCUGGAGGGAAGCACUACCACCCCACUUGUGCUCGCUGUGCCAGGUGUCAGAUGGUGUUUAUAGAAGGAGAGGAGAUGUAUCUCACAGGUUCAGAGGUGUGGCAUCCUGUGUGUAAACAAGCAUCUCGAGCAGAGAGGAAACUCAGACUCAGGCGCACAUCAGAAACCUCCAUCUCUCCGCCAGGCUCUAGCAUUAGUUCACCCAGCAGAGUCAUCUGUGCAAAAAUGGAGAACGAGAUCCUUUAUUACAAAGACUUGGCGGCGCUACCUAAGGUUAAAGCCAUUUAUGAAGUGCAGAGGCCAGACUUCUGGUCCUAUGAGCCAAGUCACAGAUACUGCUCCGAUGACAGGCUCAGCUUUGGGGAGUCUUUGGGCACACUCUCCCCUUAUUCUCAGGACAUGUAUGACAGUAUGGACAUGAGGAUAAGAAGAUCCUCCAGUCCGGGGUACAUAGACUCCCCCACCUACAGCAGACAGGGCAUGUCUCCCAUCAUGCCUCGCUCUCCACAGCACUACUACAGAUACGGCACUGAGAGUGGCAGAAGUUCACCCUAUUACAAUCAGCUAGAUGCCCGGUCCAGCACACCCACCACAAACCCAGCUCCCAAGCAUUUCCAUGUGCCAGCCACAGGGGAGCCCAACAUCUACAGGAAGCCUCCCAUCUAUAAGAGACAUGACAAUCACUGCAAUCCAGCAACCAAGAGCAAGACCAGUGAAGACAUUGUCCAAUCUUCCAAAUUCCCAUCAGCCUACUCGCCUGAACACUACCAGCACUCAGAGUCUGAUUACUACCAUUACACCAGCUCUCCUAAAUCUUUACGUGCUAUUCGGAGAAGGUACUCAUCAGGUGGAGAAGAAGAUGGCUGGAGUCACGGCCUUCAAAGAAUUCAGGGUGGUAUUGGUAGGAUGAUCCUGAAUCCUGGGGGGAUGAGAUGAAGGUCCGGUUCCUAUGACAACGACCCCUGGGGCAGCGCACGGAACUCCCGCAGUGGGAGCAGGGAGAUGUUGCACAGCAUGGGCCACAACAACACAGUUAACGGCUCUCCUCGGACAAACUUUGCACCGGAGAAUGACUACAUAUCCAAGUCAGCCUCUUUGCCCGGAUAUGGCAGGAAUGGAUUGCACAGGCCACAAAGUGCAGACUACUAUCAGUAUGACUGUGGCAGUGAAGUCAACUGGGGAAUCAGAGCAGAGUACAAGGUAAGGAUGAUGGUUUAGCAUUACCAGAGGAUUACAGAGGGCCCAGAGAGACACUAACACAUCCUGACACAGAGGCA